CACCAAGCAAACCCAUCUCGCCCACUAAUUCCACUCAACACUACGCAACAACACCGCCAACAUGCCUUUCACUGCCAGCGACAUCUGCAAGAUCAUCUUCGCCAUCAUCCUCCCGCCGCUCGGCGUCUUCCUCGAGCGCGGGUGCGAUGCCGACCUGCUGAUCAACAUCCUGCUGACCAUCCUCGGCUACAUCCCGGGCAUCAUCCACGCCCUGUACAUCAUCUGCAAAUACUAGACCGCCGCGACCCCCGAACCCUGGGCGUCUAGCCCUUUCUGCACUGCACCGCAGCAGCAGCCAGCAUCCCACCAAC